AUGGCCCGGUAUUCUCAGCCAUCUUCCUUCGACUUUUAUCAACAAUCGCCUACUGCCCUCGAGGCAAAACCUUCCUUUCCUGAAGAGGACGAGAUGAGUGUGUUGGAUGAUAAGAUUCUCGAUCCCACGACUUCUCCAGAACUGUCUUCCUCUAUUUCCGAUCAUCGUCGCCCUUCGUCGUAUGACCAGGACGCCUUCUCGCAUCGGGAUUCUAUCUGGUCCGACUAUUCCUCUUCCUCUCAUUCUCGUCACAACUCGCAGGUCGGGCAUACCAUGUUUGAUUCCGCCCCCUCCAACCCUUUUAUGCGUCUGGAUGCACCCCAUCCUGCUGCUGCGGCUGCCUCUUCCACUUCCUACGGGCAUCACGCUCCCUGGUCCCUGUCGAGAGAAUCGGGUUCUUGCACCCCGACCGCCCUCUAUGACCACUUCCCUGGUGAGCUCGACAGCAACUCCUCUGGCCCCUUCACUGGUGGUGCCGUCGGCCCCGUGAGUGCCAUCAACUUCCCCUCCAUGUCCUCCUACCGCAGCAUGGCCUUUGCUGCCCCGGGUGCCGUUGCCAUGUCGCCCCAGUCCAGCCAGGGUUGGAUGCCUGCUUCGACCGACAUGCCCGAUGCUACUGCUCGUGCACACAAGAGUCCUAGCUACCGUCAUACCUCCCCGCUGAGUAUCCGUCGAGAUGGUAUUCGGAAGAAGAACGCUCGAUUCGAGAUCCCGGCUGAGCGUACGUUGAGUAACAUCGACCACCUCAUCAGCCAGUCCACAAACGAGGAUGAGAUCAAGGAGUUGAAGCAACAAAAGCGUCUGCUCCGCAACCGUCAGGCUGCUCUUGACUCGCGUCAACGGAAGAAGCUCCACACCGAAAAGCUCGAAGAGGAAAAGAAGCAGUACACCCAUGUCAUCAACGAUCUCGAGGAUGCCCUUCAGAGCAUGAAAAUCCGUGAGGCCGAGCUGCUCCGCGAAAAGAGCGAAUGGAUCGGCACUCAGCAGCAAAUCACCCAGUACAUCGAAAGCAUGCACAUGGAGAAGGACGAUCUGAUCCGUGCCCACACCCUCGAGACCGCCGACCUGCGCAAGAAGAACAACAUCCUCAAGGAGACUGUUGAGAAGCUGGAGCGUCAGCCCAAGCCCUCCGCACCCAUGUCCCACGAAUUCUCCGACUUUGAGAACCUGACCAUGGACAACGGUGCUUGGGAGGACUUUAGCAUGGCCAAUGGUCUUCCUAUGGAACAGUCGGCUGCCUUGGUUGUGUCGAUGAACAACAGCAACAGCAACAACGAGAAGACCGCUGAGAAAGCCAGCAACGACCUUCCUUUCAGCUGGAACGCUUUCUACAUGUGCCUUCUCUUCGGUGCUUUCAUCGCUUCCAACGGUGCUUCGCUCUCCCAGCGCUCCAUUCCUCAAAUGUCGGAGGAGUACCGUGCCGAGUCGGCCAACGUUCUCAGGGCCGUUUUGAACUCGCCCCCGGCUGAGCUCUCCCAGCAGUCCUCUUCGUCUGCGGGCGCUGCGCUCCCUACGACCAUCAGCGGUGCUGAGAUGGCCCAGCUGACUGCAGGAACCACGAGCAACCUGGACGAGCUUCACAACACCCUGACCAUGCCCACCAAGGAGCAGCAGCAGGAACAGGCUUUUGCCCUUAACGCUGACCAGUACAACUCCCUCACCACGUUCGAUGACUCCCAUGUGGACUACAAAUCCCAGCAGCCUUCUAGCCUUCAGCAGGCCUUGAGCAACAUGCGGAACAAUGCCGCGCCCAAGGCGUCUGCGCGACCCGACGUUUACUCUCGAUCUCUCAUGUGGGAUCGAGUGCCUCCCAAGGUGAUCCGCGACUUCCAGCGGAUGGUGCAAGACUACGGUGCGGCCCCCAAAGACGAGGGCAAAAAACGCCGUGCCUCGAUGAUUGCGCGUGAUUAA